AUGGGCUGGCUGGGAUGCCGGGGAGGGAAGGGGGCGAGUCGCAAUCCCGGAGACAGGGGUGGGGCGGGAUGGGGCUGUGAGGGUGAUGAGGGAGGGAGGAAGGGCGGGCAGGCUCCAUCAGGUAAAGGCAGACACAGAGUUGCCGAGCUCGGCAAAGAGGAUGAGCCGGAGGCUGAGGUGCGCGGGGCAUCCCCUGAACCCGGGCCCCCCGAUGUUGCUGCCGCCACUGCUGCUCCUGAGGGUCGCGGCCCAGGCACCCACGUCAGACACGGGGAUGCUCGUGUUUGUGACGUUGCAGACGCCAUGGUGUCCGGCCUAGCCAUGGCUGUCGGGGUCCUGACUGCGCUGAGCCUGGGGCUGCCGGGGGUCCCGCUGUGGGGAUGGGGCUGCCGCCGGACGGGCGGAGGACCCGUCUGAGUCCCCUGAUGGGCCCAGGGUACCACCUUCCCCAGCCCCUCAGCGCCCCGAGGGGCGUCAGACACAGUUGAUCUCCAGCAUGCUAUGGGGCACCAAUAAA